AUGUCGGAGCUGGAGCGGCUGCGGCUCAGCGACAUCCCCGAGGGGCGGCAGCUGCUGCGGGAGCAGCACGGAAACCUGCUGAGGGUGGCGGAGUACUGCCAGGGCAACUACCUGCAGGCCAGCGACAAGAGGAAGGCUCUGGAGGAGACGAUGGCUCUGAGCACGCAGUCCCUGGCCAGUGUCACCUACCAGGUCAGCAGCCUGGCCAGCGCCUUCCUGCGCCUGCUGGACCUGCAGGCGGCUCAGCUGCGCCAGGUGGAGGCCGACAUCACCUGCGUGGCACAGAGGGUGGACAUCCACAAGGAGAAGGUGUCACGCCGUGAGAUCGGAGCUCUCACCGUCCCCAAGAGGUUCCCGAGCAGCCAGAGGAUCGUGGCACCCCCAGAACCCCCCGUGCUGGAGCCCUAUUACAGAAAACCCCUCAACUUCAGCGUCCUGGACGGCAUCGGCCACGGGGUCAAGGACACCAGCACUCAGCUGUCCCGCACGGGGACCCUGGCUCGGAAAAGCAUCAAAUCCUCCUCGGCACAGCCCGCGGGGACACUGGGGAGGAGCAGCCGUGUCCCCGAGCCCGUCCAGCCCCCGGUGGUCCCUGAGGGGAAGCUCCCGGCCACCUCCAGCUCCUCCCUGGGGUCCCUCAGCUCCAGCACGGCCCCGGCAGCUCCUGGGGAAGGAAUUCCUGUCCCUCCCCCCCUGCCAGGGCCACCCCCGCUGGCCCCGUCCCCUCCGGGGCCACCCCCACCUGCCGCUGCCAUCCCACCUCCGCCACCCCUCCCUGGGCACCUGGCCACGCCCCCAGCGCCCCUCCCACCCCCAGCUGUGCCGGAAUUUGGGGACACGGGUCUGCCACCACCCCCAGCUGUGCCGGAAUUUGGGGACACGGCUCUGCCACCACCCCCAGUCGCAGAGGAUCCCCCGUGGGCCCCCCAGAGUUACCUGGAGAAAGUGGUGGCCCUGUACCCCUACACGGCGCAGAAGGACACGGAGCUGUCCCUGGAGCCGGGCGCGCUCCUGUUCGUCACCCGCCGCUUCCCGGACGGCUGGUGCGAGGGGGUCACGGAGCAGCACUCGGGAUUCUUCCCCGGGAAUUACGUGGAGCCCGUCUGAGCCUGCCCCGCUCCGCCACACCUCGGGAUUUCCUUGGAAUUCCGGCUCCGGCAGCGCUGGGAAUGAGCGGGGCUGAGCGGGGUUGGCAGCGGGGCGGGGGCGGGUGGCACCGCUGGCACAGCUUCCAGAACAUUCCCUGCUCCCCCGUGCAUCCUCGGGAGCGUUUGGAGCCGAGAAUUUCAGGUUUUGCAGCGCUGGGAAUUUUAGCUUUUGGAGCGCUGGGAAUUUUCGGCUUUUGGAGCCGGGAAAUUCAGCUUUUGAAGCGGGAAUUUUGGCUUUUGCAGUGUUGGGAAUUUCGGCUUUUGGAACCCCAAAAAUCCCCACCCCAAAUCUUCCCCCGCUCAUCCCCUGACCCCACCCCGCUGCUCCGACGCCAUCCCCCAAAAUUCCAGCAGCCCGAGGAAUUUCGCUGCAGCUCAGAGCUGUUU